GGCGGGUCCGCCCUCCCGGCAGCCGCAUUCGCCGCCGCAGCGCGACGAGGUUUGUGCUGCUGCAUUCUCCCCCACCGACUGAAAGGAGAUUUGAUGUUUGCAGGGAGCUGGAUGGUCUGAAGAGAGGAACUGUGGGGCUCUCCAGGGAGCUCUGGCACCACCAGUGAGGCAGCAUUAUGCUGGCUCCUAAGAAAGGCCUGCUGUGCAACCUCAACCACAUCCAUCUGCAGCACAUCUCCCUGGGGCUGCACCUCUCCCGGCACCCAGAGCUCCAGGAGACCUCUACCUCCAUGGGUGGAAGAGACCAGACUGGCUGCACCAACUGCCCAGAGAACUGUGAGCAAGUGGAUGCCAAUUCCAACAGUCCCUCCUUGAAAUGCCAGUGUUGUGAGUCCCAUACUCAGCAGCUGGUGACAUUGGGUCUCCAGAACCAGGCAGCUCCAGAGGAUUUCCCCUGCCUGCAUGUUGGAGAGGAGGUGGUUUCCCCUUGCAAUCCCCAUUGUGAUCUGGCUUCCUCCUCCUCCUCCUCGUCUGUCAGUAGCUGCUCAGAUUUCAGCUUGGAUGACUCCCCGGUCUCUGUGUACUGCAAAGAGUUCUCCAGAGAAGAGUCCAAAUCCCCUGAAAAUCAGCCCAACGUCAUUCCCAUAGAAGACACCCAGGGUGACCAGUCAUUGGCUGACCAGAGUAGGACAUGUGGUGGAAGACAUGCUAACCUCAACCACUCGGUGCUGCAGAGAUCAGACGCCGUGACUGGAGAAAGCCCAGACAGCCUCUGCAGUGGCACCUCACUUGACUCCCAGGGCAAUGAGACCUCUCCCAGCACGGCAGUGCAGGAGGCCACCAGCAUCUAUGCCAACCUAGACCCUAACUGCAACUCCCUCCCCAACACCGAUGCAGUGUCUCCAGCACCACCUGUGCCAGCACGAUGCGAUCCGGCUCUGAGCAGCACUCCUGAGCUGCAGCCCUGGGCUGGCAGGGUCCCCCCACCGGUGCCCCCCCGGCCCCGCAGACGGCUGCAGGUUCUCAACGCACGCAGAGCGGAGCAACCACUCCUGCCUGUGCAGCCAGAGCCUGGCUCAGGCGACCUCUGCAGAGAUGUGGGCCAGAAGACCAUCACCUCCUUCCAUGAGCUUGCCCUAAAGAGGAAGAGGAACGCUGUUGGGCCUGCCCAGGCCAGGGCUGACCGGAGCGACUGGCUGAUUGUGUUCUCACCUGACACAGAGCUGCCACCCCCCAGUGAGCUCCUCUCCAGCACCACGGGCCAGGAGCCAACCCGGCCUCAGCUCCUGCAUGACUGGCCUGUGAAAGCGCCCAGCUCCAGGCAAAGAGAGGUGACCACGUUCAAGGAGCUGCGGUACCGCAACGCCUCCAGUAAGCCCAAGGGCCAGCCAGCCGCAGAGCGGGCAGAGCCAGUGGCAGCUCCACACCCACCUGCACUCCUUGAGAUGGCUGCAGGCAGUGAUGGCUCAGGCUGGAUGCCACCCAUGCCUCUGGGUGGACACUUGCUGGCGCCUAUGGAGAGCCACCAGCUGAAAAGGAGAAGGUCCCGACUGGGGCUGCAGCCCAUUGUAGAGGGACAGCCAGGGGACCCAGAGGAAGGGGGGCUGCCAGCCCAAAGCGGCCUCCCAGGAGAGAAGGGGCUGGGCUCUGGUUGUGAUAAAGCCACCCUGGUCUGGGGGCUCGGGGAACCUGAAGGGGACCCCUGGGUGCCAGGGACAGUCAAAAGAAGAGAUGAGAUCUGCAAGGAGGCCAGGCCCCCGCCACCCGCCGCUGGAGCCGCCCCGGGCGCCGCCCGGCCUGGCGAGGGGAGCUCGGAGGGAGCCCGCCGCCUCCGGGGGGAGCAGAAGAAAGCCCUGCUGGUCGCCCUCAGCGCCGCCGUGGACAAGGUGAUCGACCACUUCAGCACCGCGCGGAACCUGGUGCAGAAGGCCCAGCUGGGGGACAGCCGGCUCAGCCCAGAUGUGGGGUACCUGCUGCUGCACACCCUCUGCCCUGCGCUCUAUGCCUUGGUGGAGGACGGGCUGAAGCCCUUCCAGAAGGAUGUUAUCACAGGCCAGAGGAAAAAUUCCCCCUGGAGUGUGGUGGAAGCCUCGGUGAAGACAGGCCCCAACACCCGCUCUCUCCAGUCCCUCUGCUGGCACGUGGCCAGGUUGGCCCCUCUCAGCAGCACCAGACAGAAGUUUCAUGCCUUUAUCCUUGGCCUUUUGAACAUUAAGCAGCUAGAGCUGUGGAUCUCUCACCUGCAGAAGAGCCCAGGUGUCAUCUCGACGCUCUAUUCACCGGUGGCCUUCUUUGCACUGAGUCAAGGCCUUCUUCCCCACCUUGCUGAUGAACUGCUGCUGCUCAUCCAGCCUCUCUCAGUGCUGACUUUCCACCUUGACCUGCUCUUUGAACACCACCACCUCUCUGUAGAUGUGCGACCCUUGUCCCAUCAGCUGGAGUCACCCCUGUCUCCUGCCCAUCACACUGUGCAGGCUCGGGGGGCUGUGCAGCCUUCUCUGGAGGGCCCAACCAGUGCUGUGGGGGCAAGCCUGGAAGAUGAGGUCCCCCCUGAUACUGUGGGAAGGGCAGUGGGUGCAGAAGGCAGCAUGAGGUACCAGUCCCAGGCAGUGUGUGGGCUGGUCCCUGGCCCCCAGGUGGGGGCUGCCUUGCAGCAGACAUUCCAGCAUGUGCUGCGGUGGGGUGGCCAGCUCAGUCGCACCUUCCUGGGAGGUGACAGCUCCCCGGACACCCACAGGCCCCAGGCAGCCCCUCCAGACACUGAGGCUGGCCUCAGUGGCUGGUGGGGCCAGCUGAGCCAGGCCUCCAGGAUUUACACUGCUCCUAGCAAGGGAAAGUUCCCCCUCAUUUGGUGGACAAAGCUGCGGACAGCAGCGGGGGAUUCCAGCCCCAGCCAGGCUGCACGACCCCACCUAUCCAUGGAUGAGCCCAGAGGCACAGAGCUGCAGCUCCUUCAGACCAAAGCUGUCCCUGAACUCUCCAGUUCAAAGCCCAGCAGCAGUGCUGACACCUCUGGGACCUUUUCUCCAGAAGACCUCAUCCUGCCUGCUGGAGCACCAGCCAAGCCAGGUGCUUUCACUGCUGGAGAGAAACUCCAUGUGAAUAGGAACCAGGCAGCCUCUUCUGACCCAGAAGCUGGUGGUCCUCCUGGUCCUGACAAGGGCAGCUGGCUGGGCUGGCUCUUUGGAGCCACCAGCCCUUCUGCCAGGAGCUUCCCUCCCAGUCCUGACACCAUUUCAGCAAGAUCCAGGAGACCCUCUAGCUGGCUGUCCCCCAGCACGCGUGUCCUGGCCGUGGUGGUGAAGGGGCUGGCAUCUGAUAAGACCUGUGAUCAAGAGCAGCCAGAGAGGAGCACGUCUGACACACCCCAGACUCAGAGGGCUGUUCGGGCACUGUGUGACCACAUGGGUGCUGCUGAUGGUCACCUGAGCUUCCAAAAAGGAGACAUCCUGCAGCUGCUCUCCACUGUGGAUGAAGACUGGAUCCGCUGCUGCCAUGGAAACAGCAUUGGCCUAGUUCCUGUUGGCUACACAUCCCUCGUUUUGUGAGGAGGUGGAGGAGACCUGAGGAAGCAGCUGAGCUUGCUGAGGCAGGUGCCACCUUGGGGAAGGACUGUCUUCUCCUUCACCGUGCUUGGGGCUGGUGGUGUUUCAGGGCACCCUGCCCUGGUGCCUGUUGCUGCUGCUCGUUCGUGUGACGUUACUGUCCCCUGGGCAUGUCCUGUGAGCCACCACUCUGCCCGUCCCCACAGAUCUGCUGGCGCUUCCCUGUAGGCCCCACUGGAGACCUGAUCUCACUUAUGUUUCCUCAGCUGCUCCCACACCUGUGCCAGGGGAGGGAAGGACCCUGUCCCUGUGCAUUACUCACAGUCCUGUAUCUCAUCUCUGUGCUGCCAUGUCCUGCCACCACUGCCACCUCCACCUGCUUUGCCCUGUGGCCCAGGCACCACUGUGCAGUCCCAGCACUCUGCAAAUAGUUGUAACCAGAGGAAUGAGUUAAUUCCAGGGGGAAAAAGCUGGAAAUAAAGAUUGUGACUCACGUGUC